UUACAUUAAAUAACAACACGAAGAGACGAACGCGCUAGCUUGUUUGUUAUUUUCAUCAUUCACAAUCGAUCUUUUGUAUUGAGACGGGGCCGCCCGAAUUCCACCCCACCGAGGGAAUAAAAUAUAUUGUGUGCAGCGGGUGGACCAGUGGCGAGUGGUAGUUGAAGGGGGUUAUGCGAGUAGUUGCCACGUUAACGAUACACGGUUUCCACCAAGGAAUUUACUCUCGGUGCAGACCACCCGAUGUUUUCGGCAGGGAGAUACCUGUAUAUGACUAUGUUGUUCAAAAUUCCACCAUUUGGGAGCGCUCAGUCACACAAGACGCAGACACCAGUCACCACUACAGGCAACAGUAUUCUCAUUUAUGUAGACAGGGUUCUAUCGAACGGUCACCUUCAGAAACCACCGCCGCCGACAAUAGGAAUUUCGUUUUUCUUGGUUUCUCGUUUUCCAUUCAACGCAAAAUAAUCAACAUCAAUUAUGGCAUCAAUAAAACACUUUAGAGGUUUCGCACGUAGUUUCAUGAUGACUCAUAAUCCUACUAAUGAAUCAGCACUAGUAUGUUUACGAGAAAUGAAUGAAAAUCGCAAAGAAAUUUAUAUUAAAAUUGCUGAAGGAACAAUAACUAAAGUUGAUGUGAUGCAUCAAUUGAAAAUCGAAAUGCAUAUAAUUGACCUUUUACUAAAGAAAAUUUAUGAUAAAAUAAAUGAAAAUAGAUGCAGUACAUUGAUCAAUAAUUCUGUAAAAAUUGUAACCGAACGCAUCUACGAUUUGUGGAACAUUAUAUAUUUAUUUUUCAACAUGGAAGAUGAAGAGGAACCUGCAUUUUUAAAAUCGUCAAAUAUAUUAAAGAUUCACUGCUCCUACUGCUAUGAUUGUAAUGCAUCAAUUCAGAAUAUCUUAAACAAUAUAGAGAUCACUUCAAAUGAAGAAAAUGCUAGUUUCAACUUUUCCUCGUCCGAUUUUAUCAAAAUCCUUCAAACAACAGGGUUUGUAGAUAAAACAUUGAUGAUAAGAAAAGUAUUUGAAAACAUAAUAAUCCAAGGAAGAGUAAUCUUAGCUCCUCGCAAGUAUGGAAAAUCGACAAAUCUAACUAUGCUUAAAUACUUCCUAGAAAUUCAGGUAGAUUCGUUGGGAAACCCAAUUUCAAAAGCAGACUCUGAAACACCAAUAACAGAUACUAGUAAUUAUGAACUAUUUAGAAACCUUAAGAUAAGUAGGGAAACUAAGAUAAUGAACCAGCACUUUGGAAAAUAUCCAGUUUUGUAUGCAAAGUUUAAAACAAAAGAUGAAAUAAAUUCUUAUUCAGAGGCUAUUGAUAAAGCUAAAGAAAUAAUUCACAAAUCCUUUGAAUUACAUAGUUAUUUAAAAAAAAGUACUAAAUUGAGUAAUAAACAGAGAGCUGUAAGUAAAUUUUGGUGUGACGGUACUAGAUAUAAAAUGGCUGUUUUUGAUGAUGUUUUAAUUGGUCUUAGAUCAUUGUGUAAAUUUUUAUCAAAGCAUUUUAAUAAACCGUGUUAUGUGCUUAUUGAUGAUCUCGACUCAUUUAUAGUAACAGAUACAGAUACUACAGCAGAUACUUUGGUUAAAGAGUAUACAUGUAUUUUUUCAUUUUUGAAGCAAUUUUUAUUAUUUUUAAAUAACAAAAAAUAUGUUUUUCAAGCUUUUAUGACUGGAAAAUCUUCCCUUGCUAUUCAUGGCAUACUUCCUGUAUGUAUAGAAAUGAAACAAUUCUAUAGCUGUCAUGAGUUUACUGAUUACUUUGGAUUAACUAAUGAUGAGUUAGAAUAUCUUUUUAGAAAACCAGAAUUUAUUAAUAUACAAAUAACAGUAAAAGAAGUAAAAGCUUAUUAUGGUGCUUAUAAUAAAUUUGCAGUAAAUGAAAAAAGAAAAAAUCAAAUAUAUUGUAUAUGGUCAAUUUUAAAUGCUCUAAAACGUAAAAAACUUGAUAACUAUUGGCGUGACUUUGGAACUUUUUUUCGUAACUUUUCAAAUAAACAUAUUAAAGCAAUAAUGCAAGACUUAGUGAUGACAGAAAAAGAUUUAGAUAUAACGUUAUUGAAUAUACAACAAUUUAUUGCUCGACCAAUCCCCCCUCUAAUUUUUAAAACAACUGAAGACAUCUAUUCUAAUAAAUUAUUAGAAUAUUUUUGCUAUAACAUGUUAGACUUAGGUUAUUUGACUUGCAAUAAAGCUCCAUUAGUGAUUCAAGUCUCAACAACUGAUAAAACAAAUUUUACAGCAAAUUUAAUAAUACCAAAUGAGGAAGUCAGGCAUGAUAUUAAAAAUAAAUUACUAUUGUUAUCUUAAAAACAUAUUUUGUUAUUUAAUCUAAUAAUAUAAGUACAUAUAUGUAAAUUCCUAUUUUAAAUAAUAUUUUGAUAUAUUUUCUAAGAUGUAUGAUAGAAAUCAUUUAACCCAAUAUGAUAAUUUUUUUUAUCCUAGUAAUUGUUAAGUAUCUUUUAAGAAAUCAAUAUUGUUUGUUAAAAUAAGUUUAUGUUAUAAUUUUUUUUUAUGGCCAGUGGCAUAACUGAGGGUCGGCAGACCCCGUGUUGCGGGGAGCCCAUAGUAAUUUGGGACCUUUGGUUAUAGGGUUAUAUUUGGUAAAACAAUAUAUUAGGGGCCCAUUUUUAACAUUUUUUAUUUUUGCGGGGGCCUCACUUUUUUUGUUCCUGCACUAUUCGUGGCUCAACAGUACAAUUAUUGUCAUAGAUUAUUAUAAAUCUAAUAAUCUUUAUAUUUAUAAGGAAAUUAUUCUUAUUUAUAAUUAAAAUAUUAUGUUAUCUUAUUUUUAAGAAAUAUAACUAUUGUUUUUGUAUAUACUAUAUAACAAGUAUUCAUAAUUUUGAUAUUACAGUAUAAAAUCAUGCACUAGUAUAAUUAUGUAUAUAUAUCAUCUUAAAAUAUAAUAUAAAUACUUAUUUAUGCAAUUAAUAUUUUAAGUAUUGUAAUAGCUAAUAUACAAAAAUAGGGCAUUUAUAUAAGUGUUUGGAAAUCAAAGUUCAUUUAUAUCAAGUAUAUUUUACUUU